GUCCCUCUCUUUCCCCUCGAGCAAAAGAAAGAGAAAAAGAGCUUCAAAUUUCAAUGGCGGCUAAUGAAACUCAAGGUCCCCCCCAAGCUCAACAAUCUCUACUUCCGGACUAUUCUCAGAUGGUUUUGGAAGCCAUAGACGCAUUGAAUGAGAAAGCCGGGUCGAAUAAGUCAACAAUAGCGAAGCACAUCGAGUCGAUUCACUCGGAUCUCCCGGCGGCUCACACCACUCUACUUUCCCACCACCUCCACAAGAUGAAAAACAGCGGUCAAAUCGUGAUGGUGAAGAACAAUUACAUGAGACCCGACCCCAAUGCACCACCCAAGCGCGGCCGUGGCCGUCCUCCCAAGCCCAAAGCUCCUCUUCCAGCCGGCACCGUCGUCUCUCCGCCUAGACCACGUGGUCGUCCUCCCAAAGAUCCGUCUGCUCCGCCUAAGCCCAAAACCCCCGUCAGCACAGGACGGCCACGCGGACGCCCCCCGAAGAUAGCUAAAACAACACCCGCCACCGCCCCUCCACCACCUGGAGUCAAGCGAGGUCGCGGUCGACCGCCGAAAGUGUAACCUAAAGCACUAAAGCUUAAAGCAAAAGCACUGGAGCUAGCAUGACUUCAUCUUUUAGUCUUGUUUCGUUUAGUUCUCUUCUCCACUAAUUGAU